AUGGAGGACUACGUACCAGGCAUUGUGGCCUUCAACGUCGACUACUUCAGCACGCUGUUCGUUUCUGUCUGCAUGUCCAGCUCGGGGUCUGUCACCGUGUCGGUAUUGGCCAUCUUCACAGACGUGCUGCUAUCCGCUUUGGAGUUUCGAGAGGUCCGCAAGAACGCCGACAUCCUCUACAAGUCGCUGCAAAACCACAAGAACUGGAGCUACAACCACUUGAGCCACCAGGGGAGUGAAAACCUGCUAUCGCUGACCCUCGAAGUUGCUCGGAAUCCGGAGGCGCGCAACCUCCCGGGCGUUCGCCUGUGGGCGUGUAACCCGCACCCGCUCCCCAGUGAGCGGUUUGAGGCUCUCAAGAGACCGGAAACUCUGGAUGUGUACAGCACGAGUUCGUAUCAGUCGGUAAAAGCCAACAUUUCCCCAACCUCUCGUUCAAGUACAAAUGCCAUUCUUUCGAGUGAAGUCGCGGACGAAGCUGACCAAUCGAAGAAACUGAUAAUUCAAGGCGUUCAACUCCUCUUCCACUGCGAGUACAUCGUCUUGGUCGAGUACAUCGAGUGCGUCAUCCCCAUUGUGUUCGUGAUCUACAAGUCGGUGCUCCAGCAGCUACCGAACGUGGCGUACGCUCCUGGAGGAGCUGACGGCUGGCGCAACAGUGCUGUUGGGAACAUCAUGAUAUUCGCUGUGCUAGAGGUUUUCUCUUUUAUCGCCUUGAAGAUUUUGCUGCAGCGCAAGUUCGCCUUUUCUCCCCUUUAUCAACUCGCGUACGUACUGGAGACGCAAGUCGAGCUCGUUCAAAUCGACGUCUUCAUCGCGACGUUGGUUUUACUGCCCUCUGAGCUCGAGCAUUUCGGCAUGGAUUUCAGUCUUCGCUUUGACUGGCUUUGA